AUGCCCUUGCAGGCCCAGCACACGCAGAAGAGCCUUGUGCUGAAGCGCAUUAAUAGAUAUCCAGCUCAACCCACAUUCUCAGGUGAUCUGGUUCAUAAAUGUCUAAUGUCUAUGCCAUUCCGGUCCGACCUCGCAGAGAACUUCAUCGAAGAGUAUAGAAAAUACGUACAAUUCCAUUCUACCAUUGAUAUCCUCAAGGACCCCCCUUCGACGUACCCGAUUCCCGGAGUUGAUCUGAUGGCUGGUCUGGAUUGGAUCCUGAACAAGGCCAGAAAUAACGAGUACAGUAGCCAGUUUGAGUUUGACUCUGAUAUUACCAAACUUAUUUUGUCUGUCCAUGAUGACCACUUGGAUAUUUAUAUGUGUUCGACUACUGUUUUCCAGUUCACCAAUAACAUGGCUCUUGUGUCCGUGUCGUCGGAUGGGAUCGAGCUGCCGCGAGUGUAUACAUGGCACGACGCUGAAUUGCAGCAUAAAGGGGAGAAGAAUGUCUCCCCCGUGGAAUCUAUCGAUGGGAUCGAUGUGGAAGGCUAUCUUGAGAAGCUUGCGUCGGGAUUUUUCUAUCCCCUAUCUAGUGCUCGGGAUCCCGAUGCCUUAUACAACUCUCUCUUCCCUUCACACCCUCGCUCACUAUACACUUCCACCAAAGAAACCGGCGCUUGGGCACAGAACCUGCUCUGGCCUGGAUCAUCGCACACCCUACGCUUUACCAACGGCACGUCGCUUAAAAUGGCCACCCUCGCCCGAUUCAUCACUCCACCCGAUACAUUCAACUAUAGAAAUGGCGCAUCCCUUUUUGAAAAACUCUGCCUGGACACAGACCUGGCAUUUACCCCAAUUACGAGAGUCCGGGACCCCAAAUUCCCACAGGACACCCUCUCCGCAUAUCCAACCCCCUUCGUAAAUUCCUCCUACCAUAUAUCAGGCUAUUUCCCUAAAUUAUCCAACGAUACAGCGGUUCUGGUCGUCCCGACUUUUAAACCAGACAAUCCGGUUGAAUUCUCGGAUAUCGCGAAAGCAUUUAUCUCCAAUGCUUCUGCACUUCAUAAAAGGAAAAUUAUUAUUGACCUAUCUAGUAAUGGUGGGGGGUUUCUUCAAUCAGCUAUUGACCUUUUCCGGAUCUUCUUCCCUACUGCACCUGUAUACACUGCUGCUCGAUACCGCGCACAUGAUGGACUUAACCUCAUUACCAAGGCUCUUAAUGACGCAGAACAAGAACAGCGCCUAGACAACUUCGGUCUCCAAUCAGUUGAUGAGGCUGUAAAACCAGAUCAGAAGACAGGAUUCUCUUCCUGGAAGGAUCUCUACGUUCUGCAUUUAGACCUGGCCGCAGCAGGAUACCAAACAGCCGUGAAUGCCUCCAGGGAUGGGACUCCAAAACUGUCCCCUAAUGAGCUGAGUCGGUACAAUCAUACUGUAACAGCUGUUCCGGCCGCGGAGUGGUCGUUGGUGCGGAGUGCGAAUCUGAAUAUCGAGAAUAUGUUUAUAAAAGGUGAUGAUCAGUUGCCGUUGCAGUUUGUAUAUGAACCUGCGGAUUGUCGACGGUUUUUCACUAUGGGCCAGUAUUUACAGCAGGAUCAGGUUUGGGAUGAGGCGAGGAAAGUGGGGUUUGAUUUGAUUUGA